AUGACAAAAGAUUUAGUCAGCUGCGUCGUCAAUUUUGUUGGUGACAUUCGCUUAAUAGGAAGAGAACAGGACAUCGUUGAUUUGGUUGACUUGUGUUGCCGUUUCACCAACAAUGAUGCAAAUCUCAAAGUCAUAGCAAUUAUGGGUAUGGGAGGUUUGGGAAAGACAGCUUUGGCCAAACAUGUUUCUCAGGCAGAACAAGUGAAGAAAUUUUUUAAUCAUCAAAUAAUCUGGCUCACCGUGACCCCUACUUUUGAUUUGAUGAAUAUCUUGAGUAAUAUGGUGGCGAGGCUUUAUGGGAUAUUUUCAGGGAAUUUGGAUCGCCAAACACUUGUAUUAAUGCUUCAAGCCAAACUUGGGAAAGAGAAAUUUUUGAUAGUGUUGGAUGAUGGAGGUAUUGAACAUGAGGUUGCUUGGUAUCCUAAGGCAUCUAAGUAUCUUAAUAUUACUGUUUUGAACCUCGAGAUGAUUCCUAAAGAAAUCAAAAACCUUUUCCAUCUUCAAUCCUUACAAAUUCAAGUUGUUGAACGAUCAAAGCCUAAUCUUCCACCCCUUAUUUGUGAAUUAGCAAAAUUGCGGCACAUUUAUGUUAAUUGUUCCAUCAGCAUUCCUAAAGGCUUAGGCUAUUUAACUGAUUUACAAACUUUGCCUGCAAUUAAUUUAAAGCAUGAUUGUGGUGGAACGUUGAGUGAUUUGGCAUUGUUCAAAAAGCUCGGAGGAUUAUUGGAGAUUAGUGGUUUAGAUUUCAUAAAUGGUGAACAAGCUAGAAGCUUGAUUUUAGCAGACAAAACAAAGGUUUGCCACUUGAUCCUACAAUGGGAACCUGACUGCGAACAAGCUCUGCAACCCAAUGGGAGCUUCUUUGCCAAGUUUGAGGCUAAUGAAGUUCUAGAGGCCCUACGACCCAAUGAAAAUUUGUUUACACUUAGUAUUUAUAACCAUGGGGGCACAACAUUUCCUACUUGGUUGACAGCCAUAGUUACCCCACUUCAAAACCUCGUUUCUCUUGAAAUGCGGAACUAUGAUGGGGAGGGAUGUCUCAAUCUGGAAAACUUUAGAUUUCUUCAUAUAUUGUCGCUAGAUUUGCACCAGCUUUCGAAACUCUGGAUUAUUUCAUCGACUAGCAGAAGAAAGAUUUUCAAACGUGAGCUCGUAGGGUUGGCAAGUCUCCCUUGUUUGAAUAGUUUGUGGACUGAUGAAUUGUUACCAAGGGACUUGGGUGAAUGUAGUCCUGUUUGCAAAUCCCUCAAAUUGAUUUCAUUGGAUGAUUAUGAUGUAGAAACACUUCCUGUCCAACUUCAGCAUCUAGUGUUACUGACAUCUCUGCAGAUCAAUGGUUUUACAAGGUUGGAAAUAUUACCUGAUUGGCUUGGGAAAUUUACAUUUCUUAAAUCCCUAAGUCUUCGUAAUUUGCCAAAUUUGAAGCGUCUUCCAUCCCAAGAUGCUAUGCAACGUCUCCACAACUUGACGAAAUUCUCCUCUAAAACUUGUCCUUUCUUAAAUGAUAAACUCAGGAGGAAGUAG